GUUUUUGUUUAUUGAUACUUAAAAUUUCAACGCGUCUUUUUUUUCGAAGUAACGUGAGCGCGUUGGAUACAGGAACGAACAAAAUGAAGUGAAGUGAAGUGAACAGAACAGAAAAAGUUUUGACCGUCAUAAAUUAGCAACGACGACAACGACGACGAAGGCAAACCUCAUUACACCUACUCAGAUCAAUCAAUCAAUCAUGAGUGACGUUCACAUCGACUUGAAUACUUUCCAUAAAAGAUUGUCGAUCAUCCAACGUCAUUUGGUCCAGGAUAAAAUCAAACAAAUCUUGAUCUUAGUUGGAGGUCCCGAUGAUGAAAAUACCUAUAAGAAAUCAAAUGUGAUUCAAAAUUGGUUAUUAGGGUAUGAAUUCACUCAUACUUUGAUCUAUAUCACUCAAGAGAAAUGUAUUUUCAUUACGAGUGAAGGUAAGUCUAAAUACUUGAAUCAUUUGGUUAAUAAACCUACUCAAAAUUCCAGUGAUAUUGAAAUUUGGAUUAGAACUAAAGAUGUUGAAAAGAAUAAAACUUUAUUUGUCAAUUUAAUCAAUAAAUUAAAGGAUGUUGAACUUGAAUAUGGGAUUGUGGUUAAAGAUCAAUAUAAGGGGAAGUUUAUUGAUGAAUGGAAUGAAGUUUUAAAUCAAGAAAUUAAAAAGAAUGAUAAUGUUAAUCCAUUUAAAUUGAAUGAUAUAUCACUAUUAAUCUCCAAAUCAAUUGAAAUUAAAGAUUCUGAUGAAUUUAAUAAUAUUUCAGUGGCUUCUAAUGCAUCGAUUGUAAUGUUAGAUACGUUCACUAAUGAAAUGAUGACUAUUGUCGAUGAAGAAAAGAAAAUUAGUAAUUCAAAAUUAACUGAUCAAAUUGAAGAUAAAAUUGAAAAUAAUAAUUGGUAUAAGAAAUCGAAAUUAAGUACGAAAUUAAAAUCCACCAGUUUUGAUCCUGAAUUAUUAGAAUGGUGUUAUUCUCCAAUCAUUCAAAGUGGAGGUGAUUAUGAUUUAAAACCAAGUGCUAUUUCAAAUAAUAAUCAAUUGAUUGGUGAUGGGGUUAUCUUAGCUUCGAUUGGUUUAAGAUAUAAAUCUUAUUGUGCUAAUAUCGCUAGAACGUUUUUAAUUGAUCCUACUAAUGAAAUGGAAUCAAAUUAUGAUUUCUUAUUAACUUUACAAAAUCAUAUCAUUAACGAAUUAUUAAAAGAUGGUAAAGUUGCUAAUGAAGUUUAUCAAGGUGCUCUUGAUUUCAUUAAAGCUAAUAAACCUGAUCUUUUACCUCAUUUCACUAAGAAUUGUGGAUGGUUAAUUGGUAUUGAAUUUAGAGAUUCAACUUUUAUUUUAAAUGCUAAAAAUGAUCGUAAAUUAAUUAAUGGUCAAAUUAUAAGUUUAACCAUUGGGUUUAGUAAUUUAGUUAAUAAAAAUACCAAGAAUCCAAAAUUAAAAAAUUAUGGUUUAUUAUUAAGUGAUACUGUUAAAAUUACCGAAUCAGAACCUAUAUUAUUAACUGAUUAUUCCAAACAAAGAUCAGAAAUUUCAUUUUAUUUUAAAGAAGAUAAUAAUACUGCUGCUAAACCAUCUGUUAAACAAGAAAAGAAACCAGAUCCUAAACUUGAAUUAGAUGGAUCAAGAUCGAAAAUUUUAAAAUCUAAAUUAAGACAUGAAUCAGCUACUAAUGAAGAUGAUUCAAAUGCUGAUAAAUUAAAACAAGAAAAUCAAUUAAAAUUACAUGAAAAGAGACAAGCUGAAGGUUUAGCUAGAUUUUCAAAAGCUGAUGCUACUGAUGCAUCUGAUUUUAAACCGGUGUUCAAAAAAUAUGAAUCUUAUAUCAGAGAAUCACAAAUUCCUUCUAGUGUUAAAGAUUUAAAAAUUCAUGUCGAUUAUAAAAAUCAAACUAUAAUCUUACCAAUUUGUGGUAGACCAGUUCCAUUCCAUAUAAAUUCAUUUAAAAAUGGAUCUCAAAAUGAAGAAGGGGAUUAUACUUAUUUAAGAUUAAAUUUCAAUUCUCCUGGUGUAGGUGGUAAUGUUAGUAAAAGAGUGGAAUUACCAUAUGAAGAUAAUCCCGAUAAUUCAUUCUUAAGAUCAAUCACCUUAAGAUCCAAAGAUCAUCAAAGAAUGAUUGAUGUAUUUAAAGCUAUUCAAGAUUUAAAGAAAGAUUCUGUCAAACGUGAACUGGAAAGAAAACAAAUGGCUGAUGUGGUAACUCAAGCUAAUUUAAUCGAAUUAAAAGGAUCAAGAGUUAAGAAAUUAGAUGGAGUUUCAGUUAGACCUCAACCUGAUACUAAGAGAGUUACUGGUGUAUUAGAAAUUCAUGAUAAUGGGUUAAGAUAUCAAUCAUCAUUUAAAUCCGAUCAAAGAGUUGAUGUGUUAUUUUCAAAUAUCAAACAUUUAUUCUUUCAACCAUGUAAAGAUGAAUUAAUUGUAUUGAUUCAUUGUCAUUUAAAAAAUCCAAUUAUGAUUGGUAAGAGGAAGACUUUUGAUGUUCAAUUUUAUCGUGAAGCAAGUGAUAUUGCCUUUGAUGAAACCGGUGGUAGAAAGAGAAAAUACCGUUACGGUGAUGAAGAUGAAUUACAACAAGAACAAGAAGAAAGAAGAAGAAAAAUCUUAUUGGAUAAAGAAUUCAAAGCCUUUGCUGAAUUAAUCGCUGAUUCUUCCAAUGGUUUGAUUGAUUUAGAUAUUCCAUUUAGAGAAUUAGGAUUCAAUGGGGUUCCUGCCAGAUCAUCAGUGUUCUGUAUGCCAACUAGAGAUUGUUUGGUUCAAUUAAUCGAUCCACCAUAUUUAGUGGUUACAUUAGAAGAAAUUGAAAUAGCGCAUUUAGAGAGAGUUCAAUUCGGUUUAAAGAAUUUUGACAUGGUAUUUGUAUUUAAAGAUUUUUCAAAACCAGUGGUUCAUAUAAAUACUAUUCCAAUGGAAUUAUUAGAAGAUGUUAAAAGUUGGUUAACCGAUGUGGAUAUCCCGUUAAGUGAAGGUCAAGUUAAUUUGAAUUGGAUUGCCUUUAUGAAGACAGUUCAAGCUGAUCCUUAUCAAUUUUUUGCUGAUGGUGGUUGGAGUUGUUUAACCGGUUACGGAGAAUCAGAUGAUGAAGACGAAGAUGAUCAAGAAUCUGAAUUCGAAGUGACUGAUGAAGAUCCAAGUGAUGAAAGUGAAGCCAGUGCUGAUGAAGAUGACGAUGAAGAUGAUUAUGGUAGUGAUUCUGGUAGUGGUAGUGGAGAUGAUGUUAGUGGAGAAGAUAGUGCCGGAGAAGAUUGGGAUGAAAUGGAAAGAAAAGCUGCUAAAGAAGAUAGCGAACGUUAUAGAGAUUAAGUAGGGUUUCUAGUGUAGUGUUGCACAUACUAUUGUAUAUUGUAUUUUGUAUGA